AUGACAACUACAACCGCCACUGCUAUGUCUGAUACUUGCUCCAAGAUAUGCCGCCCAUACCGCUCAUGGAAGUUCUGGAAGAACCACAACACGUCCACCUUCCUAUCGCCUGACGUGCAUAACACCCGUCAAGAUCAGGUCGUGUUGGAUCAUCUCCAAAAGACCGUCCGCGACGCUGCACGGAUCUACCACGACAAUGUCGCCUCUAGUCUCGCUUCCGGUAUUCACCCCCUCAACGAUUCACUCGGCAACGCAAUCUUCGAAGCGUACGAAGCUUGGACAAAACCACUGCCGUCGGAAGUGUGCCACGAGAUCUUUGCAGCAUCCUGUGAUGCUACCGACUACUACAAGAAGAAACCUCAGAUAACUUGGAUGAAUCAGUUAUUUGUAGCUUUGAAGGGAGAGCAAGACGUACUGAGCAUGUCGAAGCACGAUCUAGAUCAUUACUUGGCAGCGGUCAACCCCCAGGCAUGGACCAACACACUUCCGGCGCACACCAAAGACAUGAAUGCGGAGGACAAGAAGCAAUGGAUAUGGAAGCUCGGCAAGCAGGUUCGUCAAGGCGUCAGCAUUGGGUCUGCCGACAUGAAGCCCCAUGUCGAUGAUGGUAACGACGUUCUGCCAUGA